AACAACCACAUCCUUCCACACUUUCCAGUAAAGUGGUGGGGUAAGUAGCUGCGAGUAACUAAAAACCGCGCGCUCCCCCACCAAUGGCGCAGCUGCUACUGACCUCGUCUAGUCUCUGUUUCGCGCUCGCGGCCUCUCCGACCGCGCGGCUCCAAUCGCGAGCAUCGGAGCACCUCUCUUCUCGCCGCAUUCUAACGCUCUCCCCUUUGCCCGUAUCCGCCACCAUAGACCACAAAUGUCGCAGAGAAAUUUCACAUCGAAGCCUCUUGAUUCACGCGCAGGCCAAGUCACGCCCACGAAAGCAGUCCCCCGCAAAACCCUCCGCAAAACCCUCGCCGUCCUCCUCCGAGGCUCGUUCCGCCCCUGCCCCUGCUGCUAAAGCCACGCCCCCGCCUGUCCCCCGCGUGUCUCCGCCCGAAUCCCUCGAGGAUGCGCUCCGCCAAGCUGGCGAGUGCGUGGCCGCCGCAGUCCGCGCCGCAUCUCGCGCGGCAGAGCCCAUGACACUCAAGCAGCGCAAGCAAAUCCGCGGAAGGGUCGGCGGAGGGGCAGGGGGAGCCGCUUCCGCCGGCGCGCGGUUUCAAGUGGAAAUCCCCCUCCGAGACGACUCCCCUCAGGUUCUGGCGGAAACGGCGCAGGACUUGGUGCGGAGAGCCGUCGCCCAGGUGCAAUGGCGGGGGGGAGCGGGGAGAGGGGCGAGUGUAGGCGGGAACGCCCCCGCGAGUUGCGCCGUGUCUCUGCUCUUCGGCCCUGCUGCUGCCGCCACUGCUGCUGCUGCAGACCCUAAUAAGGACAAAGCAGGAGCGGGAGGAGCGGGAGGAGAGGGAGGAGAGGGAGGAGCAGGGCCAGCGGGUGGAGCGGCGGCGGCAGCGGUGAUCGAGUGGGACAUUGCUAGCUUGAGUGAGAGGCAGUCGGUGCCUCGUGACGCUGCCCUGGUGUGCAUAGUGGGCCCCACAGAGGACCAAGCCGGAAAGGUGAAAUCCGUGCUCAACAGCGCUGGGCAGAUGCCCGUUCUCCUCCUCAACCCCGCCUGGGCCUCAGCACCCGCUGCUGCUGCUGCUGCUGCUGCUGGGGGUGCGGAUGCGUCAUCCUCGUUAGUAGCAGAUCUCGUUAAGGAGUUUGAUGUGGUGUACUGCUUCAUGCCGCUGGCGGUCCAGGGGCUAUUCGGAGGCAACGAGGGCGCGCUGAUGCGAGUAGUAGGGGGAGCAGAUGGGGGGGGGCCAGGUGCGGUGGCUUCCCCUGUGCCGUGGGUGCUGCUGACUCAGAAGAAGGGCGAGAGUGCAAUGCGCCCGCUCACUGCCCUGCCUGCCCGCCCGGAUGCGGAGAGGAUUGAGACGAUUCUGUAUGCGUCUGUUGCCUCUGACUCCCCCAUCUCCAAGGGCGUCCAGUUUUUCAAGGCCAUCAUAGGACAAGGAGGGGGGAAGGCUGUGUGAAAGUGUGUAGCGGGUGUGGGCUGGGCGUGUGGGCUGCGCUGCGGGUGUGGGCUGUGCGUGUGGGCUCUGCGUGUGGGCUGCGUGUGGCGUGGGCUGCAGCAUGUGUGUGCAUAGAUGGAGUUUCAUUAGCACCAGUGGUAUUGGUGCUCUUGGUUUUUCUUGCCCUCCACUCUGCAGGUAGGGGAUUACUAGGUUAGCCAGCCAGCCAUCAUGUUGAUAGCUGAAGUAAAUCGACUGGUGUUGUAAUAGACUAAGUAUAAAACUAUAAACACGAACACUUGGC